UAUAUAGGGAUGUAGUUCCGGUGCUUGCUAGCACCUAGGGCCGUACUUACCCUCGCGGUUCUUAAGCUGAUCUUGCCUGGUUGCCUCGCUUCAAAGCGGUACACACAGGAACAGCAAUUUUCCGGUAACGACCGUUCAAUCCCCUCGCUUUUGUGGGAUUGCUUUCUCUCCUCAUGAUCGAUCAUCAGAGGUUCUGGACUUCGGACUAGAUCAUACAACAACAGAGGAAUGGUCCAUCUACAUGCAUAUCGUCUUCGUCAUGACCCACAGCUAUCUCUUAUGUGUACUCUGAUGAUUUGAGUAUGUAAAUUAGGGUUUCCGUCAACACGUUCUAUUUCGUGCUUCGCUACUAAUAUAAGCCACAGGUCAGGAUGUGAAUCUCUGCAAUGCUGUAUCAGAAGUAGAUUCCGCUGCAUUCUGUUGACAACGCUCUUGUUACGUUAUUGUAUGGACGUCGGGAGAUUUCUGUGAGGGUUUGGUUUUCGUUUUCAAGAUUCAGUACUCGUCUGAUGUGGAGUCUGCCGUGUUAGCAACGGAAUCAACGGGAGACGGAUUUCGUUGCACUGUAUGGGCCGCUACGUUGUAUGCGUCGUCGCACUGUAUGUGUCGUUGCACUGUAUGUGCCGUUUAAAGUCAACUAGAUGCUGUGUCGCUAGCUAGGUGAAAAUGGGAGGUCUGUUGUCUAAAGUACAAGACCAAAUAGAAAUGAGAACAAACGACGGACGGCGGAGACGUGAGAAACGACAUCUCGUGGAGCACCUGACGCGCAUCACCAACUUCAGGGAAUCCGAAGUCAAGAAAUGGUACCGGCUCUUCUUCACCGACUGUCCGGACGGGAUCCUAACCGAGGAGAAGUUCGUGCAUUUCUACGUGGCUUUCUUUUCAUCAGGAGACAAGGGCAGAAAGAUGGCGAUGGCUAAGAGGAUCUUUCGCGCAUUCGACAGGGAUGGCAGUGGGACUGUAGACUUCAAAGAGUACCUGACAGGCAUGAGUGCGCUCCUGAGGGGUUCGGUAGUGGAGAAACUGAAGUGGGCGUUCAACAUGUACGAUCUGGACGGCAAUGGAGAGAUCUCCAGAGUCGAGCUGUACAACGUGCUCAAGCUUGUGAUCGAGCUCCGGUCUCCUGAAGCGACUUGUCAGGACUUGGACGACUUGGAACCGGCCCUGUUGGAGAUGGUGGACCGGAUCUUCCAUGAUCUGGACAAGGACAGGGACGGGAAACUUCAGAUGCGGGAAUUCGUGGAAGGCAUCAGAAGGAACCCAAACUUGCUGACGCUUCAGCAGGAUGAGAUGAUGCGUGCCACCACAGUGGCAAUCCAACACCUGCACUGCCCGCCGGGACAUAUGGGAAUAGGGUCUGAUUCUUCGGACAGCGACUGAGCUGCAGUACCGACUGCUAACGUACGGUGGCGCCCGUGAUUGGUGGAUCAUGACAUUGGUGGGCACGUUUCACCGCAACUCAGCCUAUUCUUUUUGCACAGUUGUGGAUGCUCUUGAAUUUUGACGUUCAUCAUCGGCUGAAAGUCUAUACGUGGAAAUAUGGGACACAAUUUUUCACGUGUCAGUAAAUUUGACAGUCAACAACUGUAAUGACCGCUUGGAUGAGCUCUUACGUCUCUGAAAACGAGUGAGCUGCAGUAUCAACUGCUGACGCAUGGUUGCGCCCUUGAUUGGUGAAUGACAUUGAUGGGCAUGUUUCAUUG